ACUCUGCGAAGAUAUUGUUUUUCACAUUUUGACAAAAUUACAGGAAAGUUUGUCAAAUACCGAUAUGAACGAAAUGGAUAUUGUUGAAGAUAAUUUUCACAAUAUACUGCUUGCUUCAUCAAGCUUUUGGGUUUGUAUCUUAAAAGCAACCGGCUCAGUUGAGGGACUUCAUAGCCGACAUAUGUAUGUGAAAACGGUUCGUCGAGCUAUCAAUCAAUUAGCCAAAAAGUUGUUAGAUAAAUCUAUAGAAAUAAACAUGCUUAAAAAUGUACUUGGUUAUGAUGAUAAUAAUUUGUUGGCAUACUUUUCAACGAUUUAUGAGACAUCAAACCUUAAAAUUACCAAAAAAGUUCUUCAAGAUCUUCGUGAUAGUUAUGUUUCAUAUAUGAACAAGUUAAAUAAGCUCAAUGUUUUCUACAAACGAUUUUGUGUAAAAGCUACAGAUAAACAAGAUUAUAUUUUAGAUAUAGAAACAAAAUUAAAUAUGCAAGAAAUAGUUACCCUCGAAAACAUAACAACAAAAUUAUUUUGGAAAUUUCAUUAUCCGAUUAUAGAGGUAGCACAGCGUUCAUAUAUUUAUGCAGAAUCUCAAACAUUCAAAAAUGUUUUUGAGAAAUAUUUAGGUUCAAAUGAAGAGAUCUUGACGGUUGAAUUAAUUGCCUUAAAAUACAUGCAUGCAACCUUUUUGAACUAUGAUAGUUUAAGAGUUGAAUAUAAAGAUUGGACAAAACUUGAAUGUUCAAAGAUUAGUCCAUUUUGGAAAGGUGUCGAAGUUAAAAAUAUUAAUCACGAACUUGAAUUAAUUUCUCGUGGUAUGAAAUGGCAACCAAAAGAUAACUUGAAAAAGGCAGUAAGCUAUCUUGCUCAUAUUAAAUCGUGGCGUGAACGACUUGGUGAUUUAGGAAGAACUUUGAAAAAUUUUAGAGUUCAAGAUGUUGCCGAAAGCUGGGUAGCUAAUGUGUAUAAUAGGUUGCUCAAAGAAUCUUUAACACUUUUAGAAUUGUAUAAUGCCUUUAAUGAAGCAAAUAAACAUAUUCACAGUCUUGAUGAUAACUGUUGGGCAAUGAUCGGUGCAUUGUCUUUCGCUGGAGAUUUUAUUUCGUGGCUUCAAUCAAUAGCAGAGGGUGAUUUAAGAAAUUUAAUCAAUGGAGUGGAUGAUAAACGUGAAGUUCAAGAUGAGACUGUUGCUUCAUUGAUUGAAGUUAAACAAUUUUUGGCACCUCUUAUUAAAGAUAUGGUAAAACUUUUUAAGGAAGGAAAAUCAACACUUACGGUCAUAAAUAAAUUUUUGGAUCACAUUUCUAGGAUAACUUCAAAGAAUGAAACUUUGCAUGAAAAAAUAACACAUUGCUGUUCAAGUAGUCUUGCCCUUCAGAAUAUAUAUUUUAGUAUAUUGAAUCGAG